UCAAGACGCGUCCCAGCUGUGCUGCGCCCUCGCGCGUGCUUGAGGAGCCCGACUCUUGCCCGAAUCAUUGAGCGGUUUGGGCGCUACAGCUAGCCAGAACCGACAAUCAAUUGAUGGCAUGGCGGGCUCGCAAGUUGCGUCUCGGCACUUGGGGAGGCGUUUCAGCAUGUCGAAAUUGCAUGUGAUCGACCGCAAUCUUCCCAGCCUACUUACGUCCUCUCGAGUAGGGAGGAUCUCGUCGAAAGCUGCAGCUACUUACAUAGGAGGACCCAGCUGCCUUUGCUCGCUGGAUCAGUGCCCCGCUCCUCUCUUUCUCUGCUCCCCUUGUUAUGUCUGAGGCUAAUGCUAUAAAGAUCCUUAUCUUCGACAGCCGUAUCUCCAUCGCUGCAACUGCUCUGUACUUCUACGACAAGAUCCUCACCUCACAGCAGGAGGUAAAUCUGAUAUGGCGUCGGAAGAACACUGGGAUCGUCAUACCCGUGAUAUACGGGAUCAUGCAUGUGUGUACAGCGGUGUACCUCCUCAUCACUGUAUGCGUCCCGAGUGACAUCCCGUGCAAGACUUCUGCCAUCUUGAAUGUCGUCGUCGAUAUCGCUAUAUGUGCCUUGUAUCUCGCCUGGGGUGCCGCUUCCGCACUGCGCGUUUAUGCGAUCAAUGGCCUCAGGCUUCCACUUCCGUCGAUCAUCAUGUCACUCUCGCUCGUGCCUGUGGCGAUCAACAUCUAUAACGCGACAAGUCUCGUGCGCAUGAGUUUGCCACCCACCGAUGAAUGCGUAUACUUCUCCAAUACCCCGGUAAACACUCAAGAAACACUCGAGAUCGUCACGCGAGCGAGUUCCACGGUUGCGGACGCUCUCGUCCUCUUCGCAACGUGGCGGAUUAACGGGGGUACCAAGAAGCUCGCGCGGCAGAUGAAUAUCAACAUCUCGCUCACGAGCCUUUUACUGAGAGACGGCACAAUCUACUUCUGCACGCUCCUUGUAGCGAACAUCAUUGUUUUGACGUCGUACAUACAAAGUAUCUCCUUCAGCGACGACUCCGAGGUUGCCGUCCUUGUCCUCGUCCUGACGACAAUCCUCCUUUCGCGGCUCUUCCUCAACUUGCGCGAAGUGGCCCUUGGGUCCGAGACGAUGUCGCUCGAAACCCAGGACACAGAGCGUUCCGAUUUGCGCUUCUCGCGUUACAUCGGCCCCCUAGGCAACUCGCUAGAUGACGGGCUUACCUUCGCCACUGAUGGGUCCGAUUCAGACACCUUUGAUCGUGACGACGGAACCAGCUAUGGAGACGAUUCGGCCGAACUUGUCGUCGGUGGUACGAAUUCCGAUAUUGAGCUUAGCUUGGUUACGGCCGAGGGCGCAGUUCGAUGAUGACUUGUAGCGCAGGUAUGGAUGUUGUGGCCGCUUGUUGACCUUACGACCCGUUAUGUCACUGUUUGCUCUAUGAUGCCUCACGUGAAUGUUUGACGCAGAUCGAUCUGGUGAUGCGUGUUCUGUUGUUC